CCACUGGAAAGUGGUAACACUUAUAUUGACAGCGGACGGUGAGGUAGGCUCUUUUUCUGUUUUCAGUGCAUAUUUAUCGUGAAAAUAAAGCGAUAUUCGUGACAAUUCGUUGUAGAUUAUACAUUUUUGAUGCCUGAUAUUUAUUGAGUAGCGUGGAGGGGAGUAUCGGCGCAGUGUACCAAGAGCAAUGGUAAUGGAGGCGUCCCCGUCACCGCAGAGCGUCGGCCGCGAGUUCGUCCGCCAGUACUACACGCUGCUCAACAAGGCGCCCGCACACCUCCACAGAUUCUACAACAACUUCUCGUCGUUCGUACACGGUGGGUUGGACGCGCCCAACCGCGAGACCCUGCCCGUCGUCGGCCAGAAGCAGAUACACCAUCGCAUACAGCAGCUCAACUUCAGGGACUGUCAUGCCAAGAUCAGCCAGGUGGAUGCGCAAGCCACGCUAGGGAACGGCGUGGUGGUUCAGGUGACAGGCGAGCUCUCCAACGGUGGUGCACCCAUGCGGCGCUUCACGCAGACCUUCGUUCUGGCGGCGCAGUCACCCAAGAAGUACUACGUGCACAACGACAUCUUCCGCUACCAGGAUAUAGUAUUCUCGGACGAGGAGGGCGAGGGAUCGGGGCGAUCGGAAGGUGAGGACGAAGAGGUCGUGGGCAGUUCGGGGUACUACCCCGCGGGAGCGUUCCCUCCGCCACCCUUCCCUGCGCCGCCUGCAGCGCCCCCCGCCGCGCUGUUGUCACCCGCGGCACCCGCACCUGCACCGCCGACACUCGAGCCACACCUCAACGGGCACCCGCAAAUCGAGGACACCCGACAUCUCGUCGCAGCCAUGCAACUAGAGACGGGCCUGUCGAGCAACGCGCUAUGUGACGGCGAACCCGACCGCGUCGAGGUGGAGCCCGAGUACGAGCCGGAGCGCGAGCUGGAGCCGGAACCCGAGUGUGAACCUGAACCGCCGUUGGCCGCCGUCUCGCCGCCAGCACAAGCCGUGCCCCCGGAGCCCAAAACGUACGCAAACCUGCUCAAGUCUGGUUCGGGCGCGCGCACGUCGCCCCCCGCGUACGUGCCCGCUGCCGCCUCAAGUGCUGCCGCCCCGUACGUCGGCGCCCCGUACGCCAGCGUCCCGUACGCUAGCGCCCCGCCUGCCAGCGCCCCGCCCGCUGGCGCGGCGCCCGCAGUGUACGCUGCGCCGCAGGAGCAACGCGGCCGUCCGCCGCGAGCCGCGCACACCAGCACUGGUGGUGCGGACACACGGGAAUCGCGUCGCUACUCAGACUCGCAACAACUGUUCCUGGGCAACCUGCCGCACUCGGCCACCGAGGAAGAGCUGCGCGUGCUGUUCGCUCGCUUCGGGCCCGUCGCUGACCUCCGCGUGCACAGCAAGGGGGCCGCGCACCCUAACUACGGGUUCAUCACGUACGAGACGGCGCAGGCGGCCGCCGAGUGUCUGAGCAAGCAGCCCCUGUACUACCCAGCCGACGGCGGCGAGGGCACGGAACGCGUCAAGCUGAACGUGGAGGAGAAGAAGGCUCGCGGGCGGGAGCCGCCCCGCCGCCGCCCGCUGUCCUCGCAGCGCUCCUUCCCGCGCCAGCCCUACCGCCGCUAGCGCCUCUCCCGGACGAUGCUCCCGCGCCGCCACGCCCAUAAAGCCCUUCACGCCGGCAGCGACACACCCGACAAACGAUAGCGCUCUCCUGCCACUAAAGACUAGAGCGGGGACCGCUGUGUGUCGCCACCGACGUACGGAACCAUCCGCACCUUCAAUAUAAUUUGUAAGAUAAUUUUAGAGCGCGGCGCCCGCACCGACACGUUCGCUGUAAUAAACGUUCUCCGGGUGGUCUCGCGCGAUCUGUCCCGCCCACUUGUGAGCACUUAUUUCGUUUUAAGUAGUUAGAUAGUAAAUUAAUUUUAUUUCAAUUGUCGAACGACGUGUGUGGGGCGGCGCAUUGUUGAUUACGAGUGAGAGACUCGCAAAAACGUUGAAUUGCGUGCACGCCGACCACACAACGAACAACACAUUUGUAUUGAGAAUGUGAGAAGAUGAAGGCCGGCCGGUUUGUAAACUUUAUUCUUAUGUCUCAAUACAAAAGUGUGUUUUUCCACGCGGACAAAGAGUUUAAAACGCUGUGUAACAGAUCGGUAGCGAGGAUCGUGCCGGCUGUCGGUCGGUGCGGCCCGCUGCGUGACUCUUACGUUUGUAUAUAAUUUAGUUCUUCGUUAAGCUUUAUACGACUAAAUAUUAUGACAUUGUAAAAUUUGGUGUGCGCGGUAUACUCCCCUCCACAAUGAAUAUGUGACGGAAGUCGUAUAAGCUACUAGAGCGCUCGUCUUAUAUUUAACCGGAAGUACACUCCGUUUCCGUUUCAUUGUCCUGCAUGAAAUAUUGGUAUAUGAAUAUUGAACUAGUGACGAUAGUUUUUAUAAAUCUGUUCACGUGUGACCGCGCUCUACGUCUAGCUUAUAUUCACUCUGUGACAUAUCGUGUUCUGAUUUCUGCUUCACCAUACUUUUACCCCAGUUUGUCUAUUCGAUAUGAGAGAGAAGAUAUUGUUAUAUGUACUCAUGAGACCAUUUCGGCCUGAAGUUGUAGAAUAUAAAAUUUUGUAUCAUAUGAAGAAAAAGCAAUUCGUUUGUUGCCACAUAACCAAAAUUAUAAUGUUAACUGUCCCAAAACUAUAGUUACGUUUGAACGAAGCUAUUUUAACACAUUCUCGCCGUUUUAAUAUUGUUCACAUGUUAAUAUUGUGCUGUCAAUGUGUAUCGUGUAAUGUAUCUAAUAUUUUCAUUUGUAAAUAUAAUGUGUUAAGAUAGUUUCUUGUCAAUUCCUUAUAUAUUUUUAUUCUACCCGCAUUUUAUAAGGUUUGUGAUUAAAUGUUAUAUAUGGACGGUUGCUGGCUACCGUUUUCCACGCUACAUUGCGGGCAAAAACUUUAUUAACAAUUGCAACAUUUUUUAAGUCGGCUACUUACAGACAAUUACAUAUAAAUUAAACAAUGUCCGAAAUAUAUGUAAACUUUUAGUAAGCUAUUGAUUAAUGUUUUACUGUUUGGAUAACAGAAUGGCAGGAUUAUCUGUUUCUGGACCGGCGACAUAUCAAUAGCGGCCUGUGUACGUGUAGUGCUUAGAGACACUGACCUGUAGGCGCAACAACUUAGGAUACUACCGUAAUAGACGAACCAUGUGCGAAAGUGAGAUAACUUUCCCUACACAAAAACCUAGGUAUGAGAAACCAUUUUGAAACAAUUUAGUGUCCAUUAGUCUCUUGUCAAAUUGGACCUCGUAUUAAUUUUAGUGCUGUUAUCGUUAUUGCUCUGUGUUUUAACGGAUAUUAAUUAAAAAAUAUAAUUUUGUCGUGCUCUGUAUUGGAUUGUGUUGUUACAUAUAGCAACAAUCGAACUAAAGAAACACUUCACAAGUAAAUACGUUUUCUUCAAUACUACUUUCGUGAUGUUUAUUUUCGUUAAAUACUAAAUAUUAUAUUUUAUAUACGCAGUAAACACUAUUUUCUCAAGAUUAUAUUAUAUAAUUAUAGAAAUAUAAUUAUGAAAAUAUGUGUUAAAUAAUAAAAUAUUGUAUGCGUGAAUAUGACGCCGUUUAUCAAUAUAUGUAAUAGGGAUUGACCAAAAGCAAAAUACUACACACUUCACUAACUCACUCACACAUCUGUAAAACUAGCACACAUGAACAUUUUAAUUUAGUCUCGCCGUAAUGAGGAUAGUGUUUGUCUAUUACGCUAGUAUACUAAGUUUAUGUGUGCGUAGGCCGUGUCACACACAGUGGUGUGAGAUGAGACCCGCACAUUCCGGCUAAUUACGGUUAUUUAACGUGCCAAUUCUGGACUGCAUUACUUCGUAUCCCUAAUUACUUUAGCAGGAUAUUUAUAAAAAAUAUUUUUCUUCCUAUCGGCCAGGUGGCGUUGUAGUGUUAUAAAUAAAAAUUUGUUUGAUAAAUUGUGAAGGAUACAAUGAUUUUCAACGAUAAAUAGCGUUUUGUUAUACACCAGUAAUUAGGUUACAUUUGUUAAUAUGUAUGUUAGUACCUUAACAUCUGGCGGAUAGAGAAACGGUACUGGACUAGUGACUGAUCCCCGAAGACUUACAUGAGGAACUUUAAGUGGGUGAUGUAACGAGCCCGCCCCUUUGUGAUUACCUGAGCAUCUGUGUGUGAGAGUAUCGCCUCAAUAAACAAUUGAUAAAUGUAAUUAAAAUACAACAGAAUGAUUUGUGACCGUGGAGCUAUUGUUCGUUUGUGAGCACACCCUUUCUGCUCCAGGUACUGACUAAUACUGGCCAAUCACUAUUCUAUCUUUGUGUAUAAAGACAAUUAACGAAGCCGGCCUUAUGUUACUGUCAUGGUGGUCACUUCCUCUCAACUCUUUCUCGCUCUGCAGUCACCCUGUAGCACCGCGGAUGCUCAGCACUUUAAUUUGGGAAAUGAUUUUAAAUAUUAUUUUUAUGUUUGAGGAUUGCAGCCCUGAAAUCCGUAGAUCUGUUGUGCUCUCUACAUGUACUCAAAUGCAGGUCCUUAAGGCUUUUUGCCUUUGACAGGCGGAUAGUCUUCAAGGUCCUCUACCUGGAGUAUCAAGGGCUUAAGUAAUCCCGCUCUUGCGAUAGCAAUGCCCUCUUACUCUAGUAGGAAGUAUGUUAGUUGGACUCGUGGCAGAAGCUGUAUAACGGAUUCACUAACGCUUAUUUUGAUAAAAACUGUAGGGACUCGAUAAUCCGAACGCCCAACAUUAAUACUCUGUCAGGAGGUACGCAGCGGUCGGAUUUACAGCAUGUAAAUAUGUAAAAAGUAUUUUAUCUAUAAAACAAAUCUGUUUAUUACUGAAUUUAUCUUUCAGCUCUCGUAAUUAAAUUCACAAACAACAAAAGUUAACCUCUAAUAAGAGUAUAAGUGUUAUUUAUAUAUGUAAUUAUACUCUUUUAAAGAAUUCUAACUAAGUACUUAGCGACAUUGAAAACGCUUUACCCCUUAAUUUUUGCAUCUUUUCCGGAAUAGAAAUGUCGUUUUCGUCUGCCCAUACCAGCAGACGCAACUUGGAUAUGUGAAAUCCUUUCUGACAGAAUUAUUUUUACUUCAUGAUUAAAAUGUUCCUUUAUCGAAUCUAAAAGUAUUGGUUUUGUGAUCCAAGCAUUUCUUGGACUUUGUGUUUUGCCCACUACCAAGGGCAGCGUGUUCCGAUGCCAAUGCUAGAGUGUUGUCUGGUAUGGCUUUCCAGUAUAGGCCAAUCCGUCAGCGUUAUAUAUUUGGUCUACAGACAAAUCUUUUUACCUUACAACUUUUUCAGCUUCGUCAGUUGGCUCACUAGAUAAGAGUCGUAAAGUGGGUCUUAGGAGUGUGUGAUGGCUGUUGAGAUGUUGCGUCCGAGCAUGGCAUAAAUGUGAAUCCUAUGUUUGAAACUUGGGAUACCAGUUUCCGAUGACAAUGCUAGAGUGUUGUCUGGUAUGGCUUUCCAGUAUAGACCUUUGAUCUACAGACAAACCUUACAACUUCUAAAAGUAUCCCUUGGAAUGGCUGGACCGCCGCUUCGUUAUUUGUUAAUUUUUCACCGGUAACUUUUAGCUCUCAUAUUCCAUGUUUUUUUUUUUUAAGUUUCUCUCUCUGUCUCUCUUUCUAAACCAUCCUCUGCUAGCAGCGAAGCUUCCUCUUCAAAGUCUCGUGAAAAAUUUUGCCUUCUCUAUAAAUAUUUCACCUGUUAAAGGGAUGUGCUUUCUUUGCUGUUCUAAGAACUAUGUAAAUAACGCAUCCUCACGCUGAGGAUUUUUGCGGAGUUAUUAUUUUUUUUUGGGCACUUAGAUCUUUUUCUAUAUUUAUCACAAAUGCUUCCUUACUUUUGAAUUCUCUUAUAGUAGAUUUACCAACAUAGUAUUGCUGCUCGACUGUUAAUGGAUUACCUUCCUUAACUUGUCUAAAACCUCGCAUUUGUGUGAAAUUGUUAGCGUCACGUUUUUUUUUUUUCUUGAAUGUCGACGCCAUGACAAAACAACAUACAAAAUGGCGGAAUAGCCCGAGGGGCGGUCAAAGAAAUACGUGUAGCGCUCAAGACGUAUACCUCGGCCAAGAAAAACCCGCAUCUCGCGUGGCUGAGCGAGGUACUUAAAGUAGGGGUCGUUCGGAUUAUCAAAACCCUACUGCAGUUACUUCUCCAUCCAAUCUAUUCUAACCAGUUUGGGGAGUAGAAGUAAUAAAGUACCGAUUAAAAUCGUACGUACUCGCUUUUAUUGAUACUAAUAGAAGAGUGUUUGAAAUAAGUAUUUCUGCUCGACAAACAUGCUAAUACUUAAAGUAACCCGGGUCGAAUAUGGCCAACCUAAUUUUUCCUAUAUUAUUGUUCGUAUAUUUUAUGAUAGUAGGCAUAACAAUUUAUACCCACUAAUUGAUUUGAAUGUGAGGCCAUUUUAAAAUACAAAUAAGUUUUUGUUUUAUAAUGUCCCGCGCACUAGGCUCACAUAAACCAUGGCGAAGCAAACGUUACAUACUGUCUACAUUAGGACGCCUUCGAGUCAAAUAAUAAAUAAAACAUCUGCUUGUGUUUAUAACAAUUUAUGGUUUUUAGUUUAUAAUAUAAUAGGUUUAGAAAAAAGAUGAUUAUUGCCAGAGCGAUAAUUGUCUUUGUAGGAUGGUGGCGCGUUCUUAGAGCUGCCCACAGUGGAACGCCAUAGUCGAGCCGGGUAACUUAUUUGAACCUGAUUAUGUGUUUCUCUCAAUAACUUGGGGGUGGCAUUGAGCGUGAAGACUCCACGUGACAAGCUACUCCCAUCGUUAACAACCGUUAUUACCACGUACUUAUUUAUUGUAAAUAGUCGCCAUCUUGCCGCGUCGACUGCGCGCCGGAGAGCCGACAGCCGAGCGCUGUGGACAGUACCCUCUCGGUCUGCUAAACAACUGUGUUUCAAUUAGCGAUGGGCGUUGAAUGAAUGGACCAGUUCAGUCAACCAGUCGACGAUUAGACGAUUCACGUAUUUCUAAUGGACAAGUUCAAUUCAUAGACUAUGACAGACGUAAACAAGGAGUUCGUUUAUCGUCCGUUUAAAACAGAAUGUCAAUUAUGAACUAAUUUUCACCACUAGAUACUAAUCAUGUACAAAAAAUCUAUUGCAUCUUUUAAGUACGUCAAACAUUAUUUUGUAUUUUUGUAAUAAUGCUUUUAUAUAAUUUAGCUAGUACUAUCCUCAUUCAUUUUACAUUGUUAUACAAAAUUAAAAUUUUAGUGUUAGUAAUUUAUUCGGUCUAUUCAAAACUAUGGUGGUCGCGACGAGCCCAUUCAGUCGAUUCGGUCGUUCCGUCUCACAAUGUAAACUUGUAAUAGACUGUCUUGUCUAGCGUCUGCAAUACCGUCGAAGGUGAACUACAGUCCACGAUUUGAACUAGUCCAUCGACGGAGGAAAAUGAACGGUCUAGUUUCGUUCACACUAAAUACGUCGACGACCCAUCACUGAUUGUUUCGCUUUUGAAGUGUAGCUAUGUGAGGUAUCGUAUGAAUGCACAACAUGAAUGUUGGUUGCGGUCGGUUUAGCAGAGCGAGAGGGAAGCUGUGAGGCCGUCAGCGGGCGGCGCGAAGCGACAGCGGGGCCGCGGGCCGGGCGAUCUCGCCGUGUGCCUCUUAAUGUGACUUGUCUUCUUUUAAUAGAGAAGUACUUUUUUAACA